AUGAAAGGAGAAUAUGAAAUGGCUAUGAUUUCAUCAGAUCCUGUACUUGCCCAUCACACCAUGGGCUCAUCCUGCAUGUCACAUCCCAAAAAGGCUGUUCCUCACAGAUCCUCGGUUACCAGUUGUCACACAGUGAAGAACCCUGUCAAUGUUCACAGGGAAUGUCCCCAUGGCUCUCUCCCUCUGGUCCAUGUUCCAGGAAAGAUGAUGGUGCCCCUUUGAGGGAUAUCCCUAAGGGACAGUGGUGAAGGGAAACCCUUCCAGUGGGCAGAAUUUCAAGCAGUAAACCUUGUUGCUCAUUUUGUGUGGAAGGAAAAAUGGCCAGAGGUACAAGUCUGUAGUAACACAUGUGCUGUAGCCAAUGGUUUGGCUGGAUGAGCACGGACUUGAAAGCAGCAUGAAUGGAAAAUUGGUGACAAUAAAGUUUGAGAAAGAGGCAUGUGGAUAGACUUCUCCGAAUGGGCAAAUAAAGUGAAGAUAUUUGCGUUCCAUGUGAAGGUUCACCAAAGGCUGAUUGCAGCAGAGGAGGAGUCCAAUAAUCAAGUGGAUAGAAUAACCCUUUCUGCAAGUACAGGUCAGGCUCUUUGCCUAGCCAAUCAUGCCAUUUCCCAAAGGGCUCAUGAAUAAAGUCGCUGUGGCAGCAGUGGAGGAGAUUAUGCAUGGGAUCAGUAGCAUAAACUUCCACUCACCAAGGCCAACCUGGAUACAGAACCAAUCUGCCAGCAGCAGAAACUAACAUCAACUUCUGAAUAUGGCACCAUUCCCCAGGCUGAUUAGCUGGUCCUCUCAUGGCAAGUUGAUUACAAUAAACCACUUCCAUCAGGAAAGGGACAGUGCUUUGUUCUUACUAGAAUAAGUACUUACUCAGGAAAUGGAUGUGUUUUCUCUGUGCUCAAUGCUUCUGCCCAAACUACUACCCAUGGAUGUAUAGAAUGCUUCAUCCCUCAUCAUGGUAUUCCACACAGUAUUGCUUCUGAUCAAGGGACUCACUUCACAGCCAUGGACAUGUGGCAAUGGGCUCAUACACAUGGAUUUCACUAACCAUAUUGUGUUCCUCAUCAUCCUAAAGUAGCUGCCUUGACAGAAUGAAUGAAUGGCCUUUUGAAAACUUGGUCACAGUACCAGUUAGGUGGUAACACCUUGCAGGACUAUGGAUACAACUUCCAAGAAGCUAUGUAUGUUUUAAAUCAGUAUACAAUAUAUGGUGCUGCUUUUCCCAUAGUCAGAAUUCAUGAGUAUAAGAACCAAGGGGUGGAAAUAGGAAUAGCACCACUCACUAUUACCUCUGUUCGUCCACCAGUAAAAUUUUUGCUUCCAGUCCCUGUGACUUUAUGCUUUGUUGGUCUGUUGAUCUUUGUUCCAAAAGGAGAAAUGCUUUUACCAGGAGACACAACAAUGACUCCACUGAACUGGAAGUUGUAACUGCCAUUCAGCCACUCUGGGCUCCUCAUGUCUCUGAGUCAACAGGCGAAGAAGAGUGUUACCAUACUGGCAGUUAUCGAUCCUAAUUAUCAAGGGGAAACCGGGCUGGUACUAUACAAUGGAUAUAAGGAAGAGUCUGCCUGGAAUACAGGGACCCCUCAUGGUGUCUCUCAGUACUACCAUGCUGUACAAUUAAAGUCAGUGAAAACUGGAAAAAUCCAAUUCAAGUAG